AAGAGCGCCAGAGAUGUAGCGAGCACUGGGACGCCUGCUAAUAGAGACCCAUCUGGUACAUCGCCAUCAUCAUCACCACCACCACCACCACUAUCAUCAUCAUUAUCACCGCCACCACCACCACCAUCAUCUUUACUCACUGGUGUCGCAUCUGUAUACAUUUGGUCUCUCUUUAGUCUGCUCUCAAGCUGUUAUUUUUGGUCCCAAUUUUGUCAUGUGCAUCAAUUCUCAGCAAAUCCCGAACGCAGUUUCGACUUAGGCGCUUAUUUGCCGUGUACGCGGACACAGUGAUAUUGUUGCGUUUGCUUUUCCUGUUUAUUGGCGGCGGCGGGGGGAGGGCAUGUACGAUAAGCGGCGCUUCGUGCGUUAUGGUGAAGACAAGUCGGAUGUUAGUCGGCGAGACGGAGUCGGCGACAGAACCGCCUGACCCCCGCACGGUUGUCCAAACGCCAUGGACGACGCGGCGUUGCUUGAAGAUGGCCCCGAGACGGCGGAGCCGCUGACGCACGAGUACUGCGAGAGGAUCGUCAUCAACGUGUCGGGACUGCGCUUCGAGACGCAGCUCAAGUCGCUCGACCAGUUCCCGGACACCCUCCUGGGCAACCCCAGCAAGAGGUCGCGCUACUUCGACCCCCUGCGCAACGAGUACUUCUUCGACAGGAACCGGCCGAGCUUCGACGCAAUCCUCUACUACUACCAGUCCGGCGGGCGGCUGAGGCGCCCGGUCAACGUCUCCAUCGACGUGUUCAGCGAGGAGAUCAAGUUCUACGAGCUCGGCAACGAGGCCAUGGCCAAGUUCCAGGAAGACGAGGGCUUCAUCAAGGAGGAGGAGAAGCCGCUGCCGUCCGACGAGUUCCAGCGGCAGGUGUGGCUGCUGUUCGAAUACCCCGAGAGCUCCAACCCGGCCAGGGGAAUUGCCAUCGUUUCCGUACUGGUCAUUCUCAUCUCCAUCAUCAUAUUCUGCCUCGAGACUCUGCCUGAAUUCAGGGACGAGAAGGAACAGAAAUUUCUCCCAGCAAAGGACAUUAAUGGCACGCAGGUAAAAAUUAUGCAUGGCAGCUCUUUCACUGAUCCAUUUUUUAUUGUGGAAACCAUAUGCAUCAUUUGGUUUUCCUUUGAACUGCUGGUGAGGUUUUUUGCGUGCCCCAGCAAACCGGGAUUUUUCAAAAGCAUCAUGAACAUCAUUGACAUCGUGGCCAUCCUGCCCUACUUCAUCACCCUUGGCACCGAGAUGGCCAAGCACCAAGGGAGUGGCCAGCAGGCCAUGUCACUGGCGAUUUUGAGGGUGAUCCGGCUGGUGCGAGUGUUCCGGAUAUUCAAGCUGUCCAGGCACUCCAAGGGCUUGCAGAUUCUGGGCCAGACUUUGAAGGCGAGCAUGAGAGAGCUGGGCCUGCUCAUAUUUUUCCUCUUCAUCGGCGUCAUCCUCUUCUCCAGCGCCGUCUACUUUGCCGAGGCCGACCACCAAAACUCGGAGUUCCGCAGCAUCCCCGACGCCUUCUGGUGGGCCGUCGUAACCAUGACGACGGUGGGAUACGGUGACAUGCGUCCCGUGACGGUGGGUGGCAAGAUCGUGGGCUCGCUGUGCGCCAUCGCCGGCGUGCUCACCAUCGCCCUCCCCGUGCCUGUCAUCGUCUCCAACUUCAACUACUUUUACCACCGCGAGACGGACAACGAAGAGCACGCGAACUACCUGCACGUCUCAAGCUGCUCGCACCAGGAGGAGAGCAGAAAGAGCAGGAGCCCGUCCAUGAGCAGGUCCGAGUACAUGGAGAUGGACGACGGUCUGAGCAACGACGUUGACUUCAAGGUGAAGUUACCCCUCAAGCCCGACAACUGCGCGCCGCUCAACCACAACUGCAUCAACAGAAACGUCGAGACCGAUGUCUGACGCCCUGCCUACCGAGUCGCCACGAAAUGCCUUUAGUUCAUUUUUGCAACAGCAGCGGACCUUUUUCGCCGUUUUAGUUUUACAAUACAAUCUCGGAGACGCACUCGGCAACAACUGCUCCUCUUUUUUUGCGCUUUUGUUUUCGCCAAACUAACCCAACGGACCAAAACGGUGCGUUCAUCAAUAUUCCGGAGGCCUGUCCACAUCUUAAUCGGCUGCGGUGAACCGGCAGCAGGGCACCGCCGCGUUUUAAACACGGCACGAAACGAAAUCGCAUUGGACUCCUGUUGUUGUGCUGCGUUGCUUUGCGAUGAAUGUGUACAAACUUCGCUUAACCUGUCACGCCACCUCCCCCCCCUGUCGCUACACUCUAACGGUCGAGUGGAAAUUGGAGUCACGUGGUAAAUAAAUGUUUUCAAAUCAAGUUUAUGUCUGUGAACGUAAGUGUUUCCGUGUACAUAGUUGUCAAUGUGGCGUUAUUUUGGAAGGAGGUUCGCAGCCAAAAUUAAUCCACCCACCCACCUUUUUUGCAGUGCACCAUGCAACGACAUGAGUGCAAACGCGAACAUUCCUUCGUAGAGGUGGGAUUGAUAGCUGUGCACCUCCUGCCACAAUGAAGCCGGGUUCAUGGCUACAGAUGGGUGAUAAGUUUUAAUGCAGAUUUGGGAUGAACUAAAUGUUGGCUUUAUAACAAAAUGCAAUAGCGUGUAUAAAGUAAUGUUAAGGUUAUUAGUCCCCCACGUUUAUCUGCUAGGGCAUGAAUGUGGAGGAAAUAUAUUUCCAACUUGCAAUGACGUGGCACUUUUGUUUGUGCGUGCCUGCACUGUGAAGGCAGACGUAAUAGUAAUUAUUGCUCUGUAUUAUUUAAUCGCACAAUUUUAUUACUUGAACAUAACAAUUUUUAUUCAAAUGUGUCAAUUUCUAGAUGGCACUGUCACUUACAUGCACAUCACAUUGCCAUACAGUUAAUUGUUUACUGCUUUGAUUUACAUAAAUCACAGCAGUAAACGUGCAAUUAGGGAUGGGUGCUUUGUCAAAAUGAUUGUAUUAACCAUUAAAAUUGGAACUCGCAUUUCAUCAGCAAUAAAAAAAAAAGAUUGUAUCAAAUGUAUAAUUUAACGCUUCAAAUUAAAGAGUAAAUCGUGAACGCAUUACUUAAGCAAUUUUUCAUAGGUAUCAAUGUGUAGUAUAGUUUAUCCUUCUUAGUAUUAUAAAUUCAACUUUUUUCCGUUUAUACCUGUAAUUCAUAUAAUAAGUCACCCACCCCUGAUGUGCCUACAUUUCUUAAUUUCCGGCCAGUGCAGUGGUAAAACAUAGUUGUAGUCUUCAUCCAUAACUUAAAUACACCAUAGAUGCAUUUAGGUCUGCCGUGAAAAAAAAAAAUCUUGAUCUCUUCUAUUUUAGGGAGUGCUAAAAUUCCAAGGAGCUGAAUUUUUUUUUCUUUAAAAAAUCCUAAAUUUUAUUUGACAAACUGCAUGAAAUACAUUGCACCUGAGUGUGUGUGCGUGCGAGGAUGUGUGUGUGUGUGCCCACGCGUGUGUGUGCCAUCACAGCACCUGUGAGGCCUCGCUCUGUGGUGGUCAUUAUAUAUGUCCCUUUCAUCUUAUGUCCAUCUUAUCAUCUUGUGGUUAUCCACGCGUUGCUUCGUCUUAUAUUAUUGUUUUUUUUAUUUGGUUACCUUUGUUUAAACCCAGUUCACGUGUCCCUGAACCAUUACCCUUGACUUCAGAGCCUUAACGAGCAAUUUUCCAGGACUUGAUGUAUGUCACAGUGCGGUAAUUUAGGUUGCCACAAUCAAUAAACCAGUAGGGAAUAAAUAUAUAAAACCAAUCUGCAAAAGACAAAACGGUGAAAAUUGUGACCUUUAUUUGAUAAAAUGCAAAUUUGGAAGCUAAGCUCAUACAAGUGAAGAAUUUCCACCUCUUGUAGGAUUCCUAGGAAUUCAUGGCAACAACAAAUACCAUCGUUUUAAAAUAGUCUCAUCCAAUGACGAAAGGUCAUUCGGUGAUGCACCUACACUACAUUGUUUUAUAUCAUCCACCUGAACGUAUGUGGCUUGCAAGAAUUAAUAUCACCAGCCCUCAUAAUGAUGGAUGCAUUGUUCAACCUGUCUGAGGGGUUGACCACUUAUUUCACCAUAGCGAGAGCCCCCAUCGGUGAUUGAACCUAAAUAAAAAUUGGCAUGAAGAGGCACAAACAAGAUGUACUCACUCAACUUUGUAGAUGAUAACUCACCGGAUAUAUCUUAACAGUGCGUGGGUGGCUUUGGGUGUCCACACAGAGAUUGCUCGGUGAUGUCUCCAAUAUGAAAAAAAGCCGGCUCGGCCACUCAGGGGAAUUUUGACUUCAACAAAUAUUUGCAAUUCUCACCACUAUGUAUGUUUUUUUGACGUGAGUUUCGAGUCUUACCCAAAGCUUAUCCACAAGAGCGGCGGCAGCGGCAUUGACGGCUUUGCUUGUCGCUCGACGGAGACCGCGACAAUGUAAUUAAUGUCCGGCAGCACUACUAACAAUCAGGAGAAAUGGGCUUUGCGAUGCCCUGCCAACUAUUCAUCAUGCCUCAGAAUGGAGUUUAAAAUCAUUUCAUGCCUCGCUAAGCCCUGUUUUAUUUCAUUUUUUUUCUCGUGCAACAAAGACCCGCGGAUGCAUACGGAGAGAGAAAAAAACAGACGCGGGUUCGUGUUGCAGCGGGCAAAUGCGAUAUUUCUGGGAGGUCUCAUUUACCACGUUAAUUUGAAAUCCGUAUUCAAAAUGUGAUUUUUUUUUCUUUUGUGGAAAAUGUCCAUUUAAUAUACACUGUACCGUAUAUUGUUGUUGAAGCAUUGGUGAUAUGAUAUUUAUUCAUGAAGCAUUGGGCUAUGACUCUUAUAUAGAUUUAUUUUCUGAAAUGUAAACAAAGGAUUGGCACACUUCACUCGGGGAUUCCGGCGACCUGAGCUCGAUCCCCAGGCACAGUUGAUGUUUUGUGGCAAGUGAUAUCUGAACGAGUCUUUCCCCGCCAUCAGCAAUCUGCACUGACCAGCGUGAUGAAGUAUGUAUAAAACAAGCCUCAUGACCAACACGGCGUGAUGAGGCCUUCAUCCAGAGGUGGAUUGAUAAAUAGCGUGUAAGUAAACAAAGGAUGCCCCAUCCUAGCUCACGCUAUUUACGUCACAGGGGCUCUUCCGGAGUGAAAGCCCCCCCCCACCCACCCCCCCCCAACUUGCACAUGUUAAACGUGCGACAUGGGACACGUUGCUAGGAUGACAAAUGGCGUGGCAUUUAUUGCACCGUUUUGAGGACCAAAGGUGAAGCUUUAUCAAAACAUCACAAUGAGCAGUGCGAAGAGGGGAGGAGAGCUUACACCCAGUCGUUGUUUUUUUUUACAAUAUGAAUUGGCUUUCAAAAGUCGGGAGAAAGCCUCGAUUUGUUUUGUCUCCUUUGCGUGCGUUCAGCGAAAAAAAAUCAUUUCCGCCAAUUAAAAAUUCCCAUCGUCAAAAUCCAUAGUUUAAGUUGAACAUGCCUUACUGCGUGUGCGUGUGUGUGCUUUGUGUGUUAGGUUGAUAUUGAUGUUCGAUAGCAAUGCAUCAGAAAUAAGCAAAAGGAUACUGUACACAUUUGCAAUGGCCUUAUAAAGAUGUAUGGGGAGUUUUGUGUCAAAGGAUCUUUUUAUUAAUAUCGUUGUUUUUUCGAGUAAUUCCAGGCUGUCAUUCAAUGUGGCACCAUUGUGUUUUGUGUAAUAGAUAUGAGCUAUACUGUUUUGAGGUCUUGGGUCAAGAGAAAGGGCGAAUAAUCAUAUCAAAAUCGAGUUGAGAAUUAAUGUUUUGCAAUUGUAACAUGAUUCUCAAAGUAAAUGUUUUGCCAGCUCUGUCGAUGUGUGUAUGUGUAUGAACGUAGUGAUUCGUAUGUUUCAUUAAAACGAAAAUUCAUUCAUGUCA